AUGUCACCGCUUUUACCCAGCAUACCCCGUUCCUCCUCCCUCCCCUCUGACCUCUGCUGAUGUGCCGCUAAACAUCCGGGCUAUCCGUACUGUACGGGGAAGAUGGCGGCGGCAGUGAUACCUGCUGAUUGGAUAAAGAAUUGGGAAAAAUCCGGAAAAAAUGAUUUUGUGCAGCUGUGUCGCAGCCUAAGUGAAAAAGGACAGGAACAUGUGACAUUCAAAGAAAUCGAGCAAAUUCUUUAUGAGCUGGCUUGUCAAGUAAUUAAAGGAAAUCUGAAGCAGGAUCAAGCUGCUGGAGUCCUUGCAGAUAUUAUAGACCUACGAGAAGACAUGCCUUCAAUAUUAGCAGAUGUAUUUUGUAUUUUAGAUAUUGAAACAAGCUGUUUGGAAGAAAAAUGGAGGCGGGAUCAUUUUACCCAGCUGGUAUUAUCAUGUUUGUAUCUGAUAUCGGACACUAUUCUAAAGGAGCGCCUGGACCCUGAAACGCUGGAAUCAUUGGGGCUCAUUAAACAGUCUCAGCAAUUCAAUCAGAAAUCUGUAAAAAUAAAGACCAAACUUUUUUAUAAGCAACAGAAAUUCAAUUUAUUAAGAGAGGAAAAUGAAGGCUAUGCAAAGCUUAUUGCAGAGCUCGGGCAAGAUCUGUCUGUGAAUAUAAGAAGUGAUUCGAUCCUGGAAAAUAUAAAAUCCCUAAUUGGAUGUUUUAAUCUGGACCCAAAUAGAGUUUUGGAUAUCAUCUUGGAAGUGUACCAGUGCAGACCAGACCAUGAUGACUUUUUUGUGCCGUUAAUUGAAUCUUAUAUGGGCAUGUGUGAGCCUCAGACACUCUGCCACAUCCUUGGAUUUAAGUUCAAGUUUUACCAGGAACCUAAUGGAGAGACCCCUUCAUCUUUAUACAGAGUUGCUGCUGUUCUCUUACAACAGAAUUUAAUUGAUUUGGAAGACCUUUAUGUUCAUCUUCUGCCAUUAGAUAGUAGCAUUCUUGAAGAGCACAAGAAGGAACUUGUGGAAGCCAAACUGAUUGUGAGAAAAUUAACAAUGGUAGUUUUGUCUUCUGAAAAACCUGAGGAAAAGGACAAGGAAAAAGAAAAGGAUGAGGAAAAAAAUGAAAAGGCUCCUGACAACCAGAAACUUGGUUUGCUGGAAGCAUUGUUGAAGAUUGGUGACUGGCAGCAUGCUCAAAACAUAAUGGAUCAGAUGCCUCCAUUUUACGCCACAUCUCAUAAGCCUAUAGCCUUAGCACUGUGUCACCUUAUCCACGUGACAAUUGAGCCUCUGUAUCGACGAGUGGGAGUGCCCAAGGGUGCCAAGGGAUCCCGUAUUUCCCCAAUGCACAGCCAGAGGGCCCCCAAACCAGUGGAAUGCUUCGAAGAUUUAAGAAGAGAUGUCUUCAACAUGCUUUGUUUCCUGGGCCCACACUUGGCACAUGAUCCCAUUUUGCUGGCCAAAAUUGUCAGACUUGGCAAAGCAUUGAUGAAAGAGUCUGAUGCAAAUAAACUUGAAGAUAAAGAUAAAAUGGAGGUGUUGGUCAGUUGCUUGUUAAGCAUUACAGACCAGGUUUUACUUCCCUCAUUGAGCUUAAUUGACUGUAAUGCGUGUAUGUCUGAGGAGCUUUGGGGAAUGAUCAAAACCUUUCCAUACCAAUACAGGUAUCGUCUGUAUGGACAGUGGAAAAAUGAAACUUAUAACAAUCACCCAUUACUAGUUAAAGUUAAAGCACAAACCUUUGAUAGAGCCAAAUAUAUUAUGAAACGUCUAACAAAAGAAAAUGUGAAGCCAUCAGGACGGCAAAUAGGAAAACUAAGCCAUAGCAAUCCAACAAUUUUGUUUGAUUAUAUACUUUCGCAGAUACAGAAGUAUGACAACUUAAUAACACCUGUUGUAGAUUCAUUAAAAUACCUCACUUCACUGAACUAUGAUGUCCUUGCAUACUGUAUAAUUGAAGCACUUGCAAAUCCAGAGAAGGAGAAGAUGAAGCAUGAUGACACCACGAUCUCCAGCUGGUUGCAGAGCUUGGCAAGCUUUUGUGGAGCAAUUUUUAGAAAAUAUCCCAUAGAAUUGGCUGGUCUUCUGCAGUAUGUAGCAAAUCAACUAAAAGCUGGUAAAAGCUUUGAUUUACUUAUUCUAAAAGAGGUUGUACAAAAGAUGGCAGGUAUUGAAAUUACAGAGGAAAUGACAAUGGAGCAGCUUGAAGCUAUGACUGGUGGCGAGCAACUUAAAGCUGAGGGUGGUUAUUUUGGUCAAAUUAGAAAUACAAAGAAAUCUUCUCAGAGGCUAAAAGAUGCUUUAUUGGACCAUGACUUGGCUCUUCCGUUGUGCUUGCUAAUGGCCCAGCAGAGGAAUGGUGUGGUAUUUCUGGAAGGAGGAGAGAAGCAUUUGAAGCUUGUGGGGAAGCUCUAUGAUCAGUGUCACGAUACUCUAGUUCAGUUUGGUGGAUUUUUGGCAUCUAAUUUGAGCACAGAGGAUUACAUAAAACGCGUUCCUUCAAUAGAUGUUCUGUGCAAUGACUUUCACACCCCUCAUGAUGCUGCCUUCUUCCUGUCAAGACCUAUGUACACUCAUCACAUAUCAUCCAAAUAUGAUGAGCUGAAGAAGACUGAGAAAGGAAACAAACAGCAGCAUAAGGUGCACAAGUAUAUUACAUCAUGUGAAGUUGUUAUGGCUCCUGUCCAUGAAGCCGUGGUCUCCUUGCACCCUUCAAAAGUGUGGGAUGAUAUCAGCCCUCAGUUCUACGCUACAUUCUGGUCUCUGACAAUGUAUGAUCUUGCUGUCCCAACCUCCAGCUACAACAGGGAAAUUAAUAAACUGAGGAUACAGAUGAAAGCCAUUGAUGACAAUAUUGAAAUGCCACCAAACAAAAAGAAAAAAGAAAAAGAGAGGUGCACAGCUCUACAAGACAAACUGGUGGAAGAGGAGAAGAAGCAGUCUGAACAUGUAGGGAGAGUUCUGCAGAGAAUGAAACUAGAAAAGGACAACUGGCUCUUAGCCCGAUCGACAAAAAAUGAGACCAUCACCAAAUUUUUGAAACUUUGCAUAUUUCCUCGCUGUAUAUUCUCAGCAAUUGAUGCUGUAUACUGCGCUCGGUUUGUAGAGCUUGUACACCUGCAGAAAACCCCUAACUUCUCUACCCUUUUGUGUUAUGAUAGAGUCUUUUCAGACAUCAUUUACACAGUGGCCAGUUGCACAGAAAACGAAGCCAGCCGAUAUGGCAGGUUCCUUUGCUGUAUGCUGGAGACGGUUACUAAGUGGCACAGUGAUCGAGCAGUAUAUGACAAGGAUUGUGGUAGUUAUCCAGGUUUUGUAACAAUAUUAAGGGCAUCCAAUUUUGAUGGAGGAAAUAAAGCUGACCAAUUGGAUUAUGAGAAUUUCCGGCACGUGGUACACAAGUGGCACUAUAAGUUAACCAAGGCAUCGGUUCAUUGUCUUGAAACGGGAGAAUUCACUCACAUCAGGAAUGUUCUUAUUGUUCUGACCAAAAUCUUACCUUGGUAUCCCAAAGUCGUGAACUUGGGACAAGCUUUGGAGCGCAGAGUACACAAAAUUUGUCAAGAUGAGAAGGAAAAAAGACCUGAUCUAUAUGCAUUGGCCAUGGGCUAUUCUGGACAGUUGAAAAGCAGGAAACCUUUCAUGGUGCCUGAGAAUGAGUUUCAUCACAAAGACCCCCCUGCCAGAAACAUCAUUCCACCUCCAGUACAGAAUGGACCAGGCACUUCCAGUCAGUCUGCAUCAGUCUUGGUGAAUGCAGCUAAACCCGAAGAAAGCACUGCUGAGGAUACUGAAAAAUUAAAGGAGAAAUCUCAGAGUGCUCAAAAAGUUGUUACAAAAGCUGCAAGCACAACACCAAAGGUUACUGCAAAUAAUGGAAACAGCUCUGCAAACAGCAAAGUUUUAAAAGAAAAAGAAGACAAAGAUAAAAUUGGGAAAGAAAAGGAGAAAGAUAAGAAGGAAAAGACUCCAGCAGCAACACCAGAGACGAAGGCACCAGCAAAGGAUGGAAAAGAUAGAGUAAAGGAAGAACGGGCAAGCAAAGAUGAAAAGCUGAGAGAUGUUAAGGAGAAAACACCAAAAUCUGACAAAGAGAAGGAAAAAAUCAAAAAAGAAGAAAAGUCUCAGAAGGAAGAAAAAUCCAAGUCUGUUACAGCGAAUACCGAAUCAAAACUGGCUGCAGAGAAGGAAAAAGAGAAGGAGCCCUCAAGAGAGAGAGAUCUGUUGAAGGAAUCUAAAUUGAAGGAAAGCUCUAAAGGAGGCGAUAAGACAGCUGUGGCUGGGUCCUUGAAGUCCCCUGUUUCCCGAUCCGAGAUAUCCGAGUCUGAAAGGGAACAAAAACGACGUAAAAUUGAUAGUCAUUCUUCUCCGUCACAUUCCUCAGCAGUAAAGGACACCCUCAAUGAAUUUAAGGACUCUUCAACAAAGCACUACAUUAGCCACACUACCCCACCAAUAUCCAAGAGCAAAGAGAGAGAGGUAGAAAAGAAAGAAAUGGACAAGUCAAGAGAGCGUUCACGGGAAAGAGAAAAAAAAGAGGAAAAAGAAAGAAAAGAGAGGAAAAGGGAUCACUCUAACAAUGAACGUGAAGUGACCCAAGAGACUAAAAGGCGUAAAGAGGAAAAUGGAACAAAUGCUUCCUCAAAACACAGUAAAAGUGAAAGUCCAUCAGAUUCCCCACACUCAAAUGAGAAAGACCGAAACAAAUCAAAGUCUUCAAAUAAAGAAAAAGGGGAGCUUGUGAAAUCAGAGAAGAUGGAGAAAAGUUCUUCCAGCAGCAAGAAGGAAUCCAGACACGACAAAGAAAAAUCUGAGAAGAAGGAAAAACGAGAUAGUGCAGGAGGAAAAGAGGAGAAAAAGCACCAUAAAUCUUCAGACAAGCACAGAUAAUGAAUUCUGUUAAUAUCAAGAAUCCGUUCUGAAUUAAUACAUGGGAUCCAGCAGUGAUGUCUGAAAGGGAGGGUGACGAGCUGUGACCAGAUGUGUAUUUUCCACAAUGUUGAUUGCACAUAUAUUUGUUAAUGAAGAGAGGGCCCAUUUGCAUCUCCUUAAAUUAUUCAUUUAUUUGCAUUCUUUACUUUUUUUUUCUACCCUCCAGUAUGUCCAGAUUGUGCAUUACUGUAUUUUAAAAGUGUUGCUGGUUUUCUUAUGCAUUUAUUUUCAGUACAUGGCUGAAAGUGUUUACUUAUUCCAUAAUUUUAAGCACAAUGUGCUGCAAACAGAUAAUUGCCACUGUGCAAAUGAGGUUCCAUUUUGUGUGUACAAAGUUUAAUUAGGUCGUCCGAAUACUACCUAAGACUUACCAUUAUUUGCAAUAUACAAUGCAUCCUUUUUAAAUGUUGCAACCAGAAAUAAACAGUUAUUCAACGUUUUUUGAACUUACCUCAUUUAAAUUCAGUUUUAUUUAUUGCUUGGCCUUGUAAGUAAGACGUGGGAGCACCGUUUUUAUGCUAACGAAAUGGGAAUUGUUUAUAUAUAUAUCUUGUAGGACGUAAAAUAUCUGUUAAAGAACAAAGAUUCAUGAAAACUACACAUUUUAUUUCUUGAAUGUCCAUAAUCACAAUUCUGUUUUGUCAUAAUGUUUUAAAAUUAGGGAGAAUGCAAUUCUUCCCAGAGAAAUUAGGGUUCAAUUAUACAACCACAGGAGCUUUGUAUCGCCGAACUUUAGUCUGAAAGUUUCAAAGACUUUUUUAAAUGAAAUUUUUAACUUGCGAAUUCUACCAGUGUACGCUUUUUUCUAAAUAAACAAUAGUUUUCUGAA